AUGGCUGUAACCGUGAAGCAGUAUCUAAAGGAUGCUAAGAGGGCGCUAGUAUCAGAGGAUUGUAUGGCAGCGAUUGAAGCUUGCAACAGUGUGCUGAACUUGGAAAACGAUAAUUAUUUUGCACACGUAUUGUUAGGAAAGGCAUAUUCAAUGCAAAACUCAUUAAAGUUUUCCAAACAUCAUUACGAACAGGCCAUAAAUAAAGAUCCAGGUAGCCUUUUGGCAUGGAAGGGGAUGUUUGCUCUAUUCAAAGGGGCUGUUAAUAUCCAGGAAUUCUCUACUUACGAUGAAUACUUUGAAUUCUGUGCUCAGUAUGCGGGAAUGCUUCUUGCACAUCAAGAAUCGCAAGUCGAACUGGUUAAUAGUAUAAAGGCAUUUGUAAAGGCUCAUAAGGAUUGUCGAUUAUCUUACUUGCAGAAUUUAAGGCCUGGAAUGCCUUUAGCUGAUGAACUAGGUCGUCAUUUGAUGAACUCGAAAGACGCGUUAAAAGAAUUAUUAAAUGCUAUUGCCGAGAAUGAAAAUAAGGAGGUUUCUAAACUUGUAAGCCGAGAGAGAUUGAAGAGUAAUACUUCAGACCCUGCUUAUAUUUCUAAAAUCAACUCAAUUGCCUGGCAGAUAUAUAGUAAGUCAGAAUUGAAUUCCCUUUAUGAGCAAUUAAUAAAUGUCACAGACGAUGAUGCUGCAAGAAGAAAGUUAGAAGACCAAUGGCUGAUAUACAGAAUUAAAAUACUCAAAUCAAUGCCUAAAGAUCUCAAACCUUUAUUUUACGAAGAUGUUAAAAAGAUGGUUGAUGACAUGGUUGUUGUAGAACAUGACUCUAUCCUAGCCUGGAAAUUACACUUUGAAUGGCAAGAUUCUGAAUCCCUCAAUGACUUAGAUAUGGAUUUGAUUGCGAAGUUUUUGAAGAAAUUUCCAUCUGAACCUCUGGCCCUCAUCCUCAGUGCUUGGGUCUAUUCCAAUUUUUCAGAAUACGAUUCAGAUAAGUUUUAUUUGUUAACUUCGGACGGCAAGGUAGAACAAACGCAAGCUAAUCAGUUGACGGAUUUGGAUGAGUCCGAAAACUUGAUGUUAGAACAGUUUGGUGAUGCAAUCUUCAAUCAGACAAGACCAAAAAUCUCGGAAGCAGAAAUAGUAGAGUCAUUAACUACCAAUAUAAAGAAUACCCAGCAAUCUGUACUUUCACACCGUAUUUUUUGUCACUAUUUUAUUGUUCUUCAAGAAUAUGCUUUCGUAGUUCCCUAUAUUAAAUCGGGAAUUACUUUAGUGUCUCAUAAUCUUCGGGAUUUAGGGACUGUUUUGCCAAAUUGUAAAAGAGAUUUUAUAUUAUGUUAUGCAACUGCAUAUACCUAUUUUGAUGCUCCAAAGCAUCAUUCAACUGCAUUAUCUUUAUUCGAUAAGUUACUCGAGGAUGAUCCUGGAAAUUCUAAAGCUAAACUUGGGAAAGGUCUAAUUUAUAUUGAACGAAGCCAGUGGCAAGGUGCUCACGACCUAUUAAGUGAUGUUGUAUAUAAAUAUCCAAAUAACUACGAGGCCUUAUCGGAGUUAGGUUGGAGUCAGCUACACUUGGGAAAUCCAGAUAAUGCUAUAGAAACAUUUAACUCUGUUUUAGAAACCUUUAAGGCAGAUGAUGUGCAUGGGUUCGAAUUAUUAAGUUUAACACAUUGGAGGGCUGCAAAAGCUCUUCUUUAUAAGCAUGAAAACGAAUAUACUAGUGAUGAAAUACAAGUUAAAUUGGCUUACAAACAUUUGGUGCAAUCCAUUCACAUUACUGAAGCAUUUUCACCAGGGUAUUCCUUACUGGGUUAUAUUUACGAUAAAUACUUCAUGGAUCCAGGAAGAGCUUUUAAAUGUUACUUUAAGGCAUUCGAACUUAAUACAAGCGACCUAAAUGCUGCCAAAUACAUGGUUGAAAGACAUUGUGACAUGCUAAGCUGGCAAUCUGCUGCUGACAUCUGUAAGCGUAUUGUUGAAAUGGGUGAUGUCAAGCCUUCUAAACUUUGUAGUUGGCCGUAUCGUGUCCUCGGUAUAUUCUAUUUGGAGAAGCAACAAGAAGCAGAAGCAAUUCAAUGGUUCCAAUCAGCUGUUCGUUUAGAUUCACUGGAUACUGAAGCUUGGAUUGGGCUAGGACAGGCUUAUUCUGUAUGCGGAAGAAUAGCGGCCUCUGUGAACGUCUACGAAAAAGCAUUGGAACUAAAUCCAAAACAUAAAUUUGCUCGUUAUUUGUUAGCGGCGUCCUUAUGUCAGAUGGGUGAAUUUGAGAAAGGUAUUGAGCUGCUAUCUGUCCUUAACGAAGAGUAUCCUUUGGAAGAGAUUUUCCUCGUACAGUUAUCGGGGUUCCUGGUUGAUUACUCAACAGAUCUCCAUAAUCAAGGGUACUUAAUCAAGUCUAUCGGUACCGCUUUAAAGGCUGUAAGGUUAAUAGAGGUUGUUGUCACUAAACUUAACAAAAAAGUGUCCAGUGUAUUUGUUACCCUAUCAAAGGUUUUAAGCCUAUUCAUGUUAACUCAAUCACAAUUUGAAAAAUUUCCUUUGGAAAGUUUACUAAAUAUAUUAGAGGCUUGUGAGUUGAAGAAUACAUCUAAGAUUGACGCUAUUGAUGAAACAUCUUUGGACGGUUUACUACAUCAAGAUCCUAUCAGAAAUGUUGGUAUUGUAGCUCGCUUCUUAAUUUUGGUUGGAAAGUAUGCUAUUGGAACCUCAGACUAUGAAAACCUCCCUAGGACUGUCCGUUCUUCUCUCUGGUACAAUUUGGGAAUAGCAGAAUUGUCCACAUAUAUUUUGCUAAAGCAACAGAAAUUCCGUACUGCAGCUGUUCAAUGCUUUAAAGAGUCAAUUAUGUACCAAUCGAAUGCAGUAUAUUCUUGGAUCGGUUUAGGUAUUGCAACUAUGAACUUAAACUAUCGGGUUUGUCAGCAUUGUUUUAUUAAAGCCAUUGCAUUGGCUCCUAAAGAGGUCAGUGUAUGGUAUGCUUUCGCACUAUUGGCUUUGAAGAAUAAUGAUGUUUUUGUUUCAAAAAAGGUUGCUCAUUAUUUACAUAGUUUUGCACCUCAAAAUCAUUUAACUUGGUUUAUUCUGGGCUUAAUUUCUGAAAAAGAUGGUAAUAUGGUAGACAGUUCGCGGUUUUUUGCAAACUCCUUUGUUAUUUCUAAUGGAGGAUCCAAGACGAUUCAGUUGUUCUACGCAAUAUCUUGUUUGCGCAAGCGUAUUGGUAACAACGAUGAUGAGAGAGAUAUAGAUGCAAAAUUUGAAUUGUCUGCAGUUGCCUAUGCAUUGGAUCAAUAUUUGAAGAAAUCAUCUGAUGAUAGUUUAGGUUUGCAGUGUGCUAUUUUAACGUCUGAACGAUUGCACAAUUUUGGUGCGGUUUCUGUAUUGUCUAACCGUUUAUCGGACAUGUUAGAGAAAAGGUAUGAAGAGACUAAAGAUGAGGCCGAAUUGUUCAAUUUCGCCCUUCUCAAAUCACAGCUUGCCCGUAGUCAACUAGCUGUCUCUAAUUAUGAUAGUGCGAUUGAAUGUGCCAAUCUUGCACUAGGGCUAUUAGAAGAUAAAGAUAGCCCAUCGGCCAUAAAGGCAAUACUUUCUAAUCACGUUGUUCUAGGUAUAAGUCAUUGUUUCAAAGGAGCCUUUGAUGAUGCCUUAGGACAUUUUCAAGAGUUAUUGUCUGCAUUUGGAGACUCCCAUGAAUUAGUGCUCUUGGUUUCCAGGAUGUUAUACGGAUUUGGGCAGCCAGAAAUUAUUGACAUUGCAUUACGGGAAUUACACGAAUACACUGCUACACAUGGAUCUAAUAUAUUAAUAAUAUUAACGAUCGCAGCUCUAACUCUUUUUGAGAAUAAAAUGCCCGAGCUUUCAUCUAUCCUAACCAAAUUAGAGUCACUGCCCUUAAAUUCUCUAAUUUAUGAUAGAUAUAAAGAUAUACCUUUGUUAAUCGAAGAGAUCAACAAGAAGCUAGGGAAUAACAGAACUGCAAAUUUAAUCCGGCAGAGAUCGGUCUAUUUUACACCAAAUAACUUGGAAGUUUGGAAAGGACUAAAUAACAAGAUCAAUUAUAGGAUAGCCGCCUUGGGUCAAAAUUCAGUAACCGCUGAAUAUAUGAGUUCCGCCUGUGUGAACCUUGGAAACCUUUCAAAGAUCCAAUUUGGGUUGUUUUUAUGUCCGUGGAAUAAAGUGGGAGUUAUAUCUUUAAGUUCAUGCUUCUGA